GGUUCGCGCGGUUGUCACUUCGGCGCGUGCGCAUUUAAUUUCUACCAAAUACAUACAUACGUAUAGAUAAAAACAUGGGUGGAAAUUAUUCCGCUAUGGAUCCGAUGCAAGUGCCUGUGCCUGACUUACGAAAAUUAUUCGAAAGGGAUGGCUAUUUAAAGCCUUACGAACGCGAACUUAGACGACGUUACGCAUGCUUCAAAGACAUCUGGGACAAGAUCCAAGGUUGGGAUGGCGGCGUGGAGUCAUUCUCUACGGCUUACAACUACUAUGGGCCACAGUUCGGCUUCGACGGGUCGGUGGUGUGGCGGGAAUGGGCGCCGGGGGCUCACAGCAUACACCUUCAAGGAGACUUUAAUGGCUGGAAUCCAAAGAGUCACCCUUUUAAGAAGCUAGAGUACGGGAAGUGGGAGUUGUACAUCCCCGCCGACAAAGAUGGCUCACACCCUCUGAAACACCAGAGCCGAGUGCAGAUCAUUGUCAACGAUCACUUGUACAGAGUUUCACCGUGGGCCAGCUACGUCAAACCAUACGAGGGCUUCACCUACCAGCAUUUCAUUUAUAGACCUGACGAGCCAUACAAAUUCAAACACCCCAAAGUGAGCCGACCCGCUUCCCUGCGCAUUUAUGAGUGCCACGUCGGUAUAGCUACCAAUGAAGGUCGCGUCGGCACAUAUCUGGAGUUUAAGGACAACGUCCUGCCGAGGAUCAAGGGUCUAGGUUACAAUGCCAUUCAGUUGAUGGCCAUUAUGGAGCACGCAUAUUACGCGUCAUUUGGAUAUCAAGUCACAAAUUUCUUUGCGGCUAGCAGUCGUUACGGAACACCCUGCGAGCUAAAGAAGCUGAUCGACCGAGCGCACGAGCUGGGCAUCUACGUGCUGCUGGACGUGGUGCACUCGCACGCGUCCAAGAACACUCUGGACGGGCUCAACGAGUUCGACGGCACCAACGCGGGCUUCUUCCACGACGGGCCGCGCGGCACGCACGCGCUGUGGGACAGCCGGCUGUUCAAUUACUCCGAAACUGAGGUGCUACGGUUCUUGCUGUCUAACCUGCGAUGGUAUCAAGAGGAAUAUAAGUUUGAUGGAUUCAGAUUUGACGGCGUAACAUCCAUGCUGUACCACAGCCGCGGCAUAGGUGAAGGCUUCUCGGGCCACUACGACGAGUACUUCGGCCUCAACGUCGACACCGAGGCGCUAGUGUACCUAAUGCUGGCAAACGAGCUCGUGCAUAGCAUCGAUAAACGGGCCAUCACUAUUGCGGAGGAUGUGUCAGGCAUGCCAGCCUCAGGGCGGCCGGUGAACGAGGGCGGCACCGGGUUCGAUUACCGCCUAGGCAUGGCCAUUCCUGACAUGUGGAUCAAGUUGUUGAAGGAGGAGAAAGAUGAAAACUGGAAGAUGGGCCACAUCGUUCACACCCUGACCAACAGGCGCUGGUUGGAGGGCACAGUGGCUUAUUGUGAAAGUCAUGACCAGGCUCUGGUGGGAGACAAGACCAUAGCGUUCUGGUUGAUGGACGCAGCGAUGUACACACACAUGAGCACGCUGAGCGAGCCCAACGCGGUGGUGGAGCGCGGCCUGGCGCUGCAUUGCAUGAUACGACUCAUCACCAACGCGCUGGGCGGAGAGGCGUACCUCAACUUUAUGGGUAACGAAUUCGGCCACCCCGAGUGGCUAGACUUCCCGCGCGAGGGCAACAACUCGUCGUACCACUACGCGCGCCGCCAGUGGCACCUGGUGGACGACUCGCUGCUCAAGUACCGCUUCCUCAACCAGUUCGACGUGGACAUGAACGCGCUGGAGGAGAAGUACGGCUGGCUGAGGUCCAAUCCGGCGUACGUGUCGUGCAAGCACGAUGGAGACAAGCUGAUCGCGUUCGAGCGCGCCGGCCUGCUGUUUGUGUUCAACUUCCACCCCUCGCAGAGCUUCACCGACUACCGCGUCGGCGUCAACGUGCCCGGCAAAUAUCAGGCUGUGUUGUGUACAGACAGCAAGAAGUACGGCGGCUUCGGGCGCGUGGAGCCCGACACUGAGGUGCACCACACACAGAAUAUGCCUUGGAGCGACCGCAACGACUCACUGCAGAUUUACAUUCCAUGCCGUUCUGCUAUUGUUUAUGCCCGAAGCGAAUAAAAUAUGAAUUAUGAUUACUUCUUUGAUUGACUCUGUCAAUAUGAGUAUGUAUCAAUCGAGAAUAUAAAAUCAAGUUGUGCUGCACAGAGCUAUACUAGUACUUAGUCUUUGGGCCCAAAAACAUAACAUUUAUUUAUGACCAUACUCAUACUUUGUUUAUGUGACAUUCAUGGUGUCAAGUAAAGUAUUUUGUUUCAAGGCCCAAGGACUAUUGAUACAUACUGUUAUAAUAGAAAUAUUAUCCUUAAGAUCAUGCUGUAUAUGUCAUGACCAUCCUACCAUCUGGCCCGGUGAGGGUGUCGCUUUCGUUUGCUUUUUGUAUUGUUUUGCAAAAGGCGAUCAAUAGUGUCCUCUGUGACUUUAGUUCCAGUUUUGUCCACCGGGCAGAAAGUUUGUGGCACUAUACUAAAUAUUACUUAUAAGCUUUGAAAUGCUUUAUAAGUACAAACAAUCAAUCAUAUUGGAAUACAAAAACGUCAAAAUUUUAAUAAUUAUUCAGAUUGGAAAAGAAUAUCAUCACAAAAGAUUAUUUAAACACCAAUCUAUUUUUUUUAUUAAUUAAGUUUAAAUUCAUUUUUCUUUGUUAUAUUUUGAGGUAUUAUUAGGGACCAUUUUCAUGGAAGUGCCAUAACCUAGUCAUAUGUAUAAUUAAUACUUUUUUUAAAUUUUCAAUAUAUUUUCAAAUAAAAUACCAGUAUGAGCUUAAUACAUGUAGUGCUAUUGUCUGUAAAAAUGUUAUUAUCAAAUAUUUUCAAAAAGGAGGUUCUUAACAUGCAUUUUUAUAAAAAAAAAAACAAAAAUCAAAAAUAUUAUCUUUUAAUCUUGUAAAAUGGUAAUGUUUGAUGGUAAAUACCAACAACACUCUUCAGCAGUUCUAUUUAUAGGCCCUUGUUAAGUAUGCAUGUUAAUUAUAAUUUUAUUCCUAAGGUUUAUUAAUAAUUAUAUAAAAUACUUAUUUAGUUUAUACUCAUGUUAAAAACAAUAUAGAAAUGUAUGGUUCUUAUGAAAACCAAGGUGUUUGUUUACUUUCCAAUUUUAUAUAAUUGAAAGACUUUAUAGUAGUACAAAAAAUAUUUUUAUCUUAUUAAAAAGUUUUUUAUAG